AGUCAGUGCUCUUAACUGUUGAGCCAUUUCUCCAGACCUUCAACAUCUUUUUCAAGGAAGGAAGCUAAGACGCCUUUUCCUCACUCACCAGCUGAGAAGUCUCUGUACUUGAUAUUUAUUGAUAUUUACUGUUCACUCGUGACAGUCUGCUGGUCACUGAGCACACUUUACUGCAGACAGGCACUGCCUUUAGAGAGCUUAAAGCUGGGAGAAACAGGCAGGCUAGUAAACAUAGCUGUUAAGUAAUUCAGAGAUAACGAGCCAGGCAAGACAAAUGUAUUAAAAUAGGACCUGAUCCAGGCGUAGUGGCACAAGCCUUUAACCCCAGCUCAGGCGGCAGAGGCUCUAAAGACCAAACCAACCUCCUACCCCUCACCCAGGAAGGAAAGAAAACCACAGGACUUGGUACAGUAAGGAAUGGCAGUAAGAGUUGAUUAUGGAAGAUUCCCACAAGAGUAACACGACAGAGACUGCAUCUCAGCCUGGUUCAACCGUUGCGGGGCCUCACGUUUCUCAGAUAGUACAUCAGGUGUCAUCGUUAUCAGAAAGUGAGGAGUCUCAGGACUCAUCUGACAGCAUAGGCUCCUCACAGAAAGCUCACGGGAUCCUGGCCCGGCGCCCAUCCUACAGGAAAAUUUUGAAAGACCUCUCUUCUGAAGAUACACGGGGCAGAAAAGGGGAAGGAGAAAAUCCCAGCAUUUCUGCCAUCACGUCUAUGUCUGUUCCAGCCCCCAUCUAUCAGACGAGCAGCGGACAGUACAUUGCCAUUGCCCCAAACGGAGCCUUACAGUUGGCCAGUCCAAGCACGGAUGGAGUGCAGGCACUGCAGACAUUAACCAUGACAAAUUCAAGCAGUACUCAGCAGGGGACGAUCCUCCAGUAUGCACAGACCUCUGACGGACAGCAGAUACUCGUCCCGAGCAACCAGGUGGUUGUACAGACUGCAUCAGGAGAUAUGCAGACCUACCAGAUCCGUACCACGCCGUCUGCCACGUCUCUCCCGCAGACCGUGGUGAUGACUUCUCCUGUGACUCUUGCAUCUCAGACAACAAAGACAGAUGACCCUCAACUAAGAAGAGAAAUACGACUGAUGAAAAACAGAGAAGCUGCCCGAGAGUGCCGCCGGAAGAAGAAGGAGUACGUGAAGUGCCUGGAGAACCGUGUUGCUGUUCUGGAAAAUCAAAAUAAAACUCUAAUAGAGGAGCUAAAGACUUUGAAGGACCUUUAUUCUCAUAAAAGUGUUUGAUUCUUUAAAGAGAAAGUAUUUUUUGUGGACUUUAAAGCUUAAAAAUUAGGUGGAUUUCUUUUUAGUGGAGUUCUAUAAAUUCAAAGGUCAAAGAAGCUACUUUGUAUUAGGUUUUCACAAACAGACAUGAUGGAGGGAGAAUGGAGAUGACCUGCAGGAAGCUACUGUCUCAAUUGGAAGCUCCGAAAAGAUAGAGUGCUCAAGGAAUGGACUUUCAGCAGUUUAAAUAGAAAUAAUGGUCAGCAACGAAAAUGGCAGGCGACGUUAGUGAAGCAGUCCGUUCCUGCUACGUCUGUAUUUCUCUGUUCCCUAAAACUUGCCUUUGUGUGUGUGCGCGCGUGUGUGUGUGUGUGUGUGUGUGUGUGUGUGUGUGUGUGUGUGUGUGUGUGUGUGUGUGCGUGCGUGCCUCAUUUCUGCCAAUAAAUUUACAAAUGUAAAAGCAUAAAGCGUUACUAAGUAUGUAAAUUAUGUGGUCUGAUUGUGUCGUAAUGUCAGGUAUGUUAAAUGAGUUUUUAGCAGUUAGUUUGGUUGGACUCGAUUGGUUUGGAGAUCUCCUAAAUGGCGUGGAGACACAUCAGCCUGUGGUGGAGGUGGUUUGUGACUUUGCUUUGUCAGAAUGGAAAGAGAACUGUCUGCAAGUUUGACAGUUUAAUAGUUUGUUUUUUGCUUCCUCUGAUAAGGGCAAGUACAUAAUAGAUUGGUUUUGUUUUUUUUGUUUUUUGAUUCUCUAAUCCUGUGUGCAGUUGAAGAUCAUUCUCUUGCGCUUUAACAGAAUGAAGUGUUUACAAAGGCCCUCAAAUGUUUUAAAUAACCUGAAUAUGCACACCAAAGCUUUCCUGAGGGGUUUUAUAAUCAUCUUACCGUAAGGUUUGUCAGGUUCUAAAACAGUUACUGAGGCAAUCUUACAUUGAGACUAUUGUGUAAUGUAGCCCAUGGUACCUUUAUAAAAGAAGUGACUGCCGAUAUAUUUUUAUAGUGAAUCUUUAUAAAUUCUAAUGUUGAGUUUUUAAUGAUUAUUUUAAAUGUUUAUAUAGUUUGUUUAGCAAAAAAAAUUUUGUAUCUCAAAGUAUCAUUUUUAUAUUAUGAGAAGAGUAAAAUUUUCAAAUUGGCUGAUAAUUGAAUUGUAUGUUUUAUAUAAAGUUUUAUCUAAAGUUUCAGCUGUGGUCAGUACACCAGCAUUUAACCUCUGUAUUCUAAUCUGUGUUCACUUGGAAACUGCAGAACUGUUGUGUACCUACAGAGUAUGUUUCAUAUUGUCUGUGAAAUUAAAAAACAUUUGAUAAGAUUAA